AUGCCGUUGGGAAAGUUGUCCAAAAGCCAGAUCCGGCAGGCCUAUGGCGUUUUGGGUGAGUUGAGCAAGCUUCUCAGCACAAAACCAUCCAAAUCAGAAAAGGACGUCGCCUCAAGACACACUGCCCUCCUCAGCAACUCCACUCAUUUCUACACUCUCAUACCGCACGACUUUGGACUCAAGGCCCCGCCCCUACUAGACAGUCUGGACGUCAUCAAGACCAAGUCUCGUAUGCUGGAGGACCUCCUGGAAAUGGAAGUGGCUUAUAGCCUCAUGAAGACGGAUGACAGAGACGUGAAUCCCCUCGAUGAUCACUAUGCCAAGCUGCACAAUCGCAUCCAGGUGUGUUAG